UGCAGCUCCGUCCAGCCAUGAUGUUCUCUUCUUCCUCCUGAGAACCACAAGGAGACGCGGUUCUGAUUUCGGCCCACAUCCUGCCCGCCCUUGUCCGGAUUCUGUAGCCCCGCUUCGGACUCGGAUCUGCUCGGAACUCAGCCCAGUUGCAGGGCUCGGUUCCGUCCAGCAGCAGAUGCUCGGGCCUUGAUGCACAACGGCUCGUUACUACGUGUCUGAUAGGUGAUGGAGGGGAUCCGCCUCUGUGAUGCCGAACCGCUCUUCUGUGGAGCAGCGGAGUAGCGAUGGUGUUCGCCCAGUCCAGCACCAGAGCUGCUGUGAAGCCAUCCAUGCUCUCUCCAGCUUUCGUGUGUCAGAUGUCCUUUAACUACUCAGAGAGGGAGAACUCGACGGUCCUGGCUCCUGAACCCACCUCCACCUUCUGCUGCCCUGAAGGCUCCUCCUCCAGCUCUGCCCUGGGCCAACUGACUUCGGGUGAGAUCGCCAUCCUGGGCCUGGUGUUCGCGGUUCUCUGGCUGGUCUCCGUCUUGGGAAAUGCGCUCGUGUGUUUGGUCAUCCACAGAAGCCGGCGCACUCAGUCCACCACCAACUACUUUGUGGUAUCGAUGGCCUGUGCUGACCUGCUCAUGAGCCUGGGCUGUGCUCCGUUUGUCCUGCUGCAGGUCGCAGCGGGACGCUGGCCACUCAGCGCCGCGGCCUGCAAGGUGGUGCGCUACCUGCAGCACCUCUGCCCAGGUGUUCAGGUGUAUGUCUUGCUCUCAAUCUCCGUAGACCGCUUCUACACGAUUGUCUAUCCCCUCAGCUUCAAGGUGUCCAGGGAAAAGGCGAAGAAGAUGAUCCUGGCCUCGUGGCUGUUUGACACCGCCUUUAUCUGUCCCUGCUUCUUCUUCUAUGGUUCCAUGUCUACAGACAGUCGUUGUGACUUUUUCCUUCCAGGCAGCUGGGGCAGUGUGACUUAUGCUGCUACUCAUCUCCUGCUGGGCUUCUUCAUACCUGCAGCAUUGAUCAUAUUUUUCUACCAACGUGUGGUUCGCUACAUCUGGAGAAUCAGUGCUGAUGGCCACACGGUGCGCCGGACCAUGAACAUCGUCCCGCGGACUAAAGUCAAGACCAUCAAGAUGUUCCUCAUGCUCAACUCGGUUUUCUUCCUCACCUGGAUGCCCUUCUACGUUGUCCAGUUGUUGCACCCAAAAGCGUCUGAUGUACCCAGCAGACAGGAGCUGUUGUCCUUCACAGUCAUAACCUGGAUCUGCUUCAGCUCCACGGCGUCCAAACCGACUCUGUACUCGGUCUACAAUGCCAACUUCAGACGUGGCAUGCGGGAGACAUUCUGCAUGUCGUCCAUGAAGUGCUACCGUAGUAACGCAUACACCAUCACCGCCAGCUCCCGGAUGGCCAAGAAGAACUAUGUUGGGGCGGUGGACAUCCCGGUGCAAGCAAAGACCAUCACCAAGGACCCCACGUGUGAUGCAUUUGAUCGGGAUGCAAAAGAGAAGAAGGUAGCUUGGCCCACGACCGCCAACCCUCCAAACACGUUUGUGUGAACGACUUGGAACAAUUUGAAACUGUAAACGAACAAAGCUACUGUGUCAGCAGCACGACGUCCGCAUGGACUAGCUGGAAGCUAGCAUCCUAACUAUGUCUAAAUCCAUUCACUCUCAGUGCAGAUCAGAUGCUGUCCGGGAUUCGGUAGAGCGUCUGCAGACCAAAAUCAGAGCAUUCACACCAGCUGCAGCGCUGCGCGGAUCCAGACCUCUGGAGAGUUUCCACAUGAAGUCUACUCUUCCGGCCCUGCACUCUGAUUGUCAUGAAGUAAAAGACACGACAUGAGCCGGACAGCAAGUGAGGCGUGGCUCAUGGAAGUACAUCCGGCAUACUUCAAAAUAAACCUUGUCGCAUUAUUUUGGCAGGUUUUAGUUGAAUUGUUAGUAACAAGGAAAUGGGUUCACAGUGUGUGAUAACUCACGUCCAUCCUCCUCCGCCCAUCCGGGGUCGGGUCGCCGGGGCAGCAGCCUAAGCAGGGAGGCCCAGACCUCCCCCUCCCAGCCACCUGGGCCAGCUGAGAGGCACCAGCCUGACCUGCCAGACUCGUCCUCUGGUCUACACAGAGAACGAGUCAAGUCUACUCCGAGUCCCUCCCACACAAUUUCUCACCCUAUCUCUUAAGGGAGAGCCAGCCGCCCUGCGGAGCAACUCACUUUGGCUGCUUCUAUGGUAAAGGGCCUGUGUUCAAUAUAGCGCCAUCUAGUGUCCAGGAACCCCCCAAGGCCCUUUACAACACAAUCAGUCAUUCACAUAUUCACACCUUGGUGGCGAUGAGCUACACUGUAGCCACAGCUGCCUUGGGGCGCUCUGACAGAGGCAAGUCUGCCAAGCACAGGCUCCACAGGUCCCUCUUCCCAAGGACACGACGACAGCGACAGACUAAGUGGGGCUCGAACCUGCAACCUCCCGAUUACAGGGUGAGUUCUUUGAGUCACUACCCACAGCUCGUGACCAUAGGUGAGGGUGGGAAUGUAGAUGACCGGUAAACCGAGAGCUUUGCCUUCCAGCUCAGUUCUCUUUCCACCACAACAGACCGGUACAGAAACAAACUUCUGCUCACUCUGUGCUCUCGUGGGAGGCGCCAGUCAGCUGGAACGAGGGGUAACAUGUGAAAAGGGCUUCUUGUGGGACUCCGGGCAGCCGCCCGUUUCAUCUGAAUCUGAAAUUAUUCCGGCGUUCUGCUUUGAUGGACUGUUUUUGUCACUGAUUUUUUUAAUGUGUGUUGACCAAAUAUCAGUGAACUGUUGUGACUGCAUCUGGUUUGCUUCUGUAGUAAAAGCUUAUUUAUUA